AUGGCUCCCACCUACAGCCCCCAGGGCAGCUGGACUCCUCUGGCCACGCUGGCCCUACUAUGGACUUCUUUAGCCUGGAUCGAGGGAAAGCCUGCGUGUCCUUCCUGUAAGGUGCCGCCUCUGGAGCCCAGCGCUGAGAAAGCCUUUCUGGUUGAAUUAGCCAAGCAGCAGAUCCUGCAGAAACUAAACUUGAGCGAGAGGCCCAACAUCACCCACCCUGUGCCACGUGGGGCAGUGGCCAACGCCCUACGCCGCCUGCACCUGGGCAAAGCCCGGAUGGACAGACUUGGGCACUUCUCUGGCUGGCAGAACCCCGAGCCUGAUGAACAGGGGUACGAGAUCAUUAGUUUUGCAGAGACAGGUGAGUCCUCAUAGCUCUUCCUGGUGCAUGGCCCAGGACUUGAAUAUUAUGAUGGAGAGAAUGUAACUCGCAUGUGCCAACAGCUCCCCCCCACCCGCUGCAAAUAUUUGCUGCAUACAAAGUGCUCUUGAGAGCAGAGACUUGUAGUUAUCCAUUGCACUGUAAUUUCUUACCCAUGGGAGAUCUAGCUAGAUUCUGACUGUGCUGAAAAAUAUCAACUGCAGGGGGAGAAGGGCAAUGUGUGUGGAGGAACUAGUGGUGGUGGUGAGAGUGGACAGGUUGCUAAAUUUCUCAUUAAUCCAGUUUUCCGUGGCAUAUCUCAGGCUGCAGACAGAUGUUUUUUCUGAGUGAGAGAGAUGAGUGAAGAUGGUAUUAGUAGAAGUGGUGUUGCCAUCAGUGUGCAUUUCCAUGCCAUUAUCACGUCUUUAAAAACCUGCAAAACUUGUUCCACCAGCAGUUAUAAUGUGGCAAAAGGAAUGAGUCUGUGUGCCACAGACAGUGAUGCUGAUGCCUCUAUCAUGCUACCUUCUCUCUUAAAAACGACCUCCUGCCACCAUCUGCCCUCUCUGCUUCAUGUGCAAUAUAGGAUGGGGUCACUGGAAGUAGCUAGUAAGCAGGAUGCAGCUAGUGUAGCGCUGCCACCCUUUUUAUACCUUUAACAGCUGUGUGACAGGAAAAAUAUAACAGUGGGGGGAAAGCUUCAUCUGUUGAUUUUUGCCUGUUAUUUACUAUUCUUCCAAAUGGUGGCAGUUGGAAGAAUAUCCCACACCACUGUGUUGCUUUCUUGCUUGAUGCCUAAUUUAAUUAACAACGUAAGAUGAGCCCUGCUGGAUGAGGCCAAUGGCCCGUCUAGUCCAGCAACCGGUUCUCCCAUGGGCCAACGAGGUGCCCCUGUCGGAAGCCCCCAAGCAAGCAGAACCUGUGUGCAACAGCACUGUCCCCACUUGUGGUUCCCAGCAAAUGGGUAUUCAGAUCCAUACACCUCUGGCAGUGAAGGGAGAACACAGCUGUCACACACACCCAUUUCUCUGACCCCAUUCUUUCUGUGUGCUCCUGAGAACUUAGGGACCAAGGGUCUUGUGCUGCUUCCUAUUCAUCUCAGUGAGGUACACUCAGAAGAAUGUCUAGAUCAGGGGACUGCAGCUCCCAUAAUCUCUGGACCAUUGGCCAUUCGGUUGGGGGUGCUGAUGGGAGUUGUAGUUCAGCAAUAUUUGGAGGAUUGCAGGUUCCCUACUCCCCCCCCAUCGGGCAAGGAGUGAUUGGUCAUAUUGUGGUAUUAGUGAUAAGCACUCAGAAUUUUCAUGGAUUUAUUUAGGUAUUUGUACAAUUUCUUGCUGCUUCUACUAUGGAAUGACCUUUGUGACCAUUGCAUGGCAGAAAUCCACCUGGAUCUGGUGUUGCAGGCUCAACAUCUGUUUGGCUGCAAAUAAAAAAUAUUUACCAGAACAACCCAUCCAUGUUUGGCUGGUAGGCCACCCCAUGCUGAGUGAAAUUAAGCAAUCAAGCUUCUUGGCAUAUUGUUCUAAGGUUGUUGGGUCAAGUGGUUAAAAAAAUAUCCCAGGCUAUCCCACCAAAAGGGGGCAGUGAUGUUGCUCAUAAGGAAAGUGGAGGAAAUGGUGUUUUAUAAGAGAGUUAUAGUGGGGGUGGAAGAACAGCUGGUGAGAACCAGUGUGGGAUAGUAGAUAGGUUUUCAUUUCAGCAGUCUCCUCCUUUAGUUUUUAAUUAUUUAGUUCUUUAUUUAUUUGGGAUUGUUUGCCUGCUUCAGCAGAACCUGACUUCCCACAUGUUUUGUACAGGGCUUGAAUUUUUUGGCAGCCAAUGAACAACAACAGUCUAUUAGAAAGACCAUUAUUGCUUAGUUUAGAGCCAUGCUCAAGUAAGAAGAGCACCCUUAGGUGAAUCAUGUUAUUCACCAUUAGGGUCAGGCAUUAUUUCCCCAGGUGUUAAAGACUGAGAAAGGGGAAUAGAGUACACACUAGUACACACUGUACACACUAGUCCCAGCCCCUGCAUCCCUACCUCUGUUGGUUACAUCAGCAUCACUGAUGGAUGGGUUCCCCAUCAUUAGGAGGAUUCUCCAUGCAUUCAGCCAGAUGCUUGAAGCACAACGCACAAAGGUCAGAGGCUGCAGCUGGCCAGGAUGGGGAUAUUGGGGACGCCUUGUGGGGUUCUGCUGCUCCCUCUACACAUUCGCAGGUGCACUUACCCUCAGCCUAUCUACCUCAUGGGCUUCCUCAGAGGCAUAAUUCAUAUGCAGAAAAUAAAUGUGAAGUGACGGCAAGGCAACUCUUGGACAUAUUUUUGACCCUAAUCAAAGAACUCUGGUUCAGGCCUGGUGGUAGCUUUUCUGGGGCAGGACAGGAUUAGCAUUCCUAAGAUUUUCAUCUUGAUUGUCUUCCCCUCUACAGAGCCCUCCGGGGUCCUCCAGUUCCAGCUGACACAUCCGAAAGGCCAAGACAUGCACCUCCUCCAGGCUGAGCUGUGGCUGUACCUCAAGGCUCACCAAAAUAUCACCCUGCAGGUCUACCUGGCAGGGCAGCAGCGAGUGGCCCUUGGGGAGCGGCAGCAGCUGGAGAGCAAAGGCAGCAGCUGGCACACUUUCUCCCUCAUGCCAGAUCUGCAGAGCUUCCUUGAGCGUGAGGAGACGGCGCUGUGCCUGGAGCUGCAGUGUGAAGGCUGCCACCCCAGCAUCGACUCUUUGCUGACUGCUACCAGCAGCUCCCAGCAGCCCUUCUUGAUGGUCAAGGCCAAGAUACGGGAGCCUGGCCACCGGGUAGCUAAGCGCAGCCUGAGCUGCGACCAGAACUCUGACCUGUGCUGCAGAAAAGACUAUUACGUAGACUUUCGGGACAUUGGUUGGAAUGACUGGAUCUUUAAGCCAGAAGGUUAUCAGAUAAACUAUUGCAUGGGUGAGUGCCCCAUGCACCUGGCUGGCUCACCUGGGGUAGCAGCCUCCUUCCACACAACUGUCUUCAACUUGGUCAAAGCCAACAACAUCCAGACUGCUGGCCGGUCUUGCUGCGUCCCCACACAGCGACGGCCCCUUUCUCUGCUCUACUUUGAUCCCAAUAGCAACCUCAUAAAGACAGACAUUCCUGACAUGGUUGUUGAUGCUUGCGGUUGCAGCUAA